AUGAUGGAUGAAUUAAUUAAACAAAUUGGAACAACACAUCUUUAUUCAACACCUUAUCAUCCGCAAACCAAUGGUCAAGUUGAACGAUACAAUUCGACAAUGGAUGCGAAGAUCGCAGCUUUAUCAAAUUUACGUAAAACCGAUUGGGAUGAUCAAUUGCCAUUUGUUACAUUCAACUACAAUACCUCAAUUCAUUCUUCAACAAAACAAAUACCUUUCGAAAUGAUGUAUGGUCGAUCGCCUGUUUUACCAUUUGAUCAUCAAGAUACAAAUGUUACAUUAUCAUAUGAUCCUGAACACUCGAAGAAAUUAAAUCAAUUUUUAGCAAAAUUGAAUGAACAAGCUAAAAUUAAUAUUAUUAAGAAUCAAGAAAAAUACAAACAAGGUUAUGAUGUAAAUCGUACAAAUCCUAUAUACCACAUCGGUGACUUAGUUCUUUGUAAAACACUCAACAUCCGUUAUAAAUUCGAUAUUCGUUACGAAGGACCAUUUAGAAUUAUUACAAAACUUACACCUAAAACAUUCAUUAUUCAACACAUAAAAAAGUUAACAUUAUAUCGCCAAGUUACAACUGACGUGUUACUUCCAAUAUUUGAACGAAAUUUCCAAUAA